CGAGAGGUGAAACAAAAGUCAGAUCCACGCGAAAUUCAAGGCACUUCUGUGAAAAAGCCCGAGCCACCUGCUAAAGAACCGUUUGUACGUCCUCAUGGGUUUGAUCGUGGUUUAACGGUCGAACGCAUUCAUGGGUUUAUUCGACGGGCUGACCUCUUGUUUGCCGUCGUUCAGUUCAAAAAUUGUGACGUAGUUGAAAUUCUGGCGACCCAGAUUGUCAAGCAUUAUGAGCCAAUGGUAAGAAAUCCAUCAGUAUUUUGUUUAUGA